AUGAUUAAAAUUGUGCAUCAUCUUGAUGUAAGUAAUUUAUUUUUUCAGAACAAGGUACAAAAGAAGAAGAAUCUUUGCCCUCUGAGUUAUUCCUCUCAUGUCCCCUUUUUAAAUGAACACAAUAAACUGAAAAAGAAUGUUUACCGUUUUAAAAUAUUCGUCAAGGAGGGAAAUUUAAGAAAUAAUUGUAGCGCUAAAAAUGGGCAGCCUACACACAAAGGUACCAAUAUAGACGAUCAAACAGACAAACAGGUGAGGGGAACUCAAGAAAAUGACUUCGCUAAGGAGACAAGGAUAGAAGAGGUGGACAAUGAGCAUGGGAGCGCAGAUCAUGAUGAACAUGAACAGAGGAAAAAGGGACACCAAAAGGAUGUCCAUUUUGUGAGUGAUACGGCGCAAGAUUGGGAACGCCAUAUAGGAAAAAUCGCAGCGAGGGAGGAGCAGACCAAGGGAGCGUUUUGCGAGCAGGGAGAAGAUUAUGCAAGCCAAAUGAGAAUUGAGGAAGAGGCACAGAAGGGCGAAGAAAACGAAGGUGAAGAGGGGGAGGAAAGUGCCCAAGCACAUACAGAAGAAACCCGCGACCUGUCUAUCGAACAGCUGCGCGAACCGCAUCAAGAACGGAAAGGGAAAAAAAAAGACGUCGACCUAAAAAUCAUAAGAAACCUACCCCUGGUAUCUAUUAUAGGGAGACCGAAUGUUGGAAAAUCGACCAUAUUCAACCGACUGACGAGGAAGUUCCAAGAGGGUAGCAUCGUCCUAGGAGAAAGUACCACAAGAGACAAAAUUUAUGGAGAGGUGGAUUGGGAUGGUUACAAAUUUGAGGUGGUAGACACAGGUGGCCUCAUAUUCGAAGAUGAAAAAUUUUCCAAGCAAAUACGAGAUCAAAUUUUGUUAGCGCUUAGGGAGUCCUCAGUCGUGUUGCUCGUCGUUGAUGGGAUAAACGGUGUCCAUCCCAUGGACCUCGAGAUAUGCAGGUUCCUCAGGAAGUACAUUAAAAACGAGUAUAUUAGUAAAAUGGCCACUCGGAAGAAGCGGGCCGGCCAGGUUAACCAUGAUGAAGUUGGGAAACUCUCUCCGGAGGACACACCGAAAGGUAGCAGCACAUCGGAGGAUGAGUCCGAAGUGUCCGCACUGAACAAGUCUGAAACGGACACGACGUCCCGAAGCUCUCACAAUGGCGCUGACAUGAUGAACGCAGAAAGGGGAGAAGAAGCGAAUGAGGAAGAAGUAGAAGAAGAACACGAAAAUGAGGGACUGAAGAAAGCCAUGCUGAAAGUCAUAGUAUGCGUGAACAAGUGCGAGUCGUACAAGGAUGGAAAUGUGAAGGCGCAAAACUUCUGGGAACUAGGGUUCGGAACGCCCUAUCCCUGCAGUGGGAUCCAUGGAAAUGGGCUGACCGAAAUUUUAGACGAGUGCAUCAAGUACAUAGAAAAAGUGGAGAUAAACGAAAUGGAAGAAGAACAAAAUGAAGAAAACACCAUAAACAUAAGCUUUAUCGGAAAACCAAACACAGGGAAGUCAAGUAUAUUAAAUAAAAUCCUCAACUGUAAUCGUUUCAUCGUUUCCCCGAUAGCAGGAACCACUGUUGAUUCGAUUGACGUGUUAGUAAAGAUUAAAGACAGCGAUAGGAUUUAUAGACUAAUUGACACUGCUGGAAUACAAAAAAGGAAAAAGAAUGUCCCCUUUAACGAAAAAACAAAAUAUGAAUACUUACUAUUUAAUAGAACUGAAAAGGCUAUCAAACGUAGUGACGUCUGCAUCCUCGUCAUUGACUCCUUUAAUGGCAUCAGCUCACAUGAUAUAAAUAUAGCAAGAAAAAUUGUGAAGGAAAAUAAAAGCUGUAUAAUUUGCUGCAACAAAUGGGAUCUGAUAUAUAACAAAAAUGACAUUUUCAAUGACACCAAAAAUUAUGUUCUUAAUCUUUUAAAGCCAGUUGAUUUUGCUAACAUUUUGUUCAUAUCUGCAAAGACGUCGCAAAGGUUGCUUAACAUAUUCGAUAAUGCCGAAGAGACGUAUAAGCAGUACACAAGAAAAAUAAACACAAACAGUUUGAAUGAUGUUAUAAAGGAAGCUCUACUUCUUAGACCUCCAAUUCCCAUCAGGAACAAGUCGCUAAACAUUUACUAUGCCUUUCAGGCACAUAUUAAACCUCCCGGUUUUGUUUUUUUUUGUAAUUCUCAAAAGUGUGCUUAUGAAAAUUACACAAAAUAUCUGGAAAGCAGAAUAAGAGACAGCUUCAAUAUACGGGGCACGCCUAUUAGAAUUUACUACAAACAGAAGAAAAAAAGAUACCUUAUUAAGAAAGUCAAGAACCCGGAUAAGUACAACCUAGAUAUUGAGGCCAUACAGAAGGACUUUUUAAAGACACAAGCUAGCCAAAAGUCCCAGGGGUAA